AAACAUUCCCCUUUGUUUUGAAAACUGAAUUUACAAUUUCCUGUGUAGGUUCCGCCAGCUGGACUUUCUUCAUUUUAUGCAACGUCCGACGUCCAAGCACCGCGAGUUGGUGUUUUGUUACUUGGUACACCUGUCGGGCCACAGGUCAACAGAGGAGCUGACUUUGGUAUUUUUCACUAGAAACACAGUGGCAGUGCUGGUGUGUUGGUUCUCUGAGUAGAAUCACAGUAGAUUUCCACCAUGCAGCUGGAGGCUCGGCUGCGACUAUGUCAGAGAUGUCUUUGGUGCUGCAGAAGCGGAAUUCGUCUGUUUUCUCACAGCUAUGCACACAGAAAGUCUGUGAACUACUAUGACCUCCUAGGAGUCAAGUCUAAUGCCACUAUAGACGAAAUAAAACAUGCUUUUUUUGUCAAGUCUAAAAAGCUGCACCCAGAUAGUGACCCCUCAAACCCAGCACUGCACAACCAGUUUGUGGAGCUGAAUGAGGCCUAUCGGGUACUGAGCAAACAGCUGAGCAGGAAGGAGUACGACCUUAAAAUUAGAUACCCAUACAGCACUGCUCCCUCCAGUCACACCUAUCACAGCAGUGACGUGCACGCUCAGGAAAACAUGCGUUACUGGGAGCAGUUCCGUCAUACUCACGCCCAGCAGACAAUGACAGAGGAUGGGCAGAAGCAGAGGAGGAGGAGGGACAUCCUCGUGGUUGGCUACUGCAUCAUCACUAUUGUGCUUAGCCUUGGUGUCCACUUUUUUUUCUACAGGAAACUGGAAGAAGUUCACAAUAAAUAUAUGGAUGAAAAAGACAGAAUAAUCACAGAAAUUUAUAAUGAAUCCAAAGAAAGAGCCAGAGUCAACAGUUUUGAAAAGCAGAUAGAAAUCCUCCGGCAGAGACAUGCUGAAUUUCUGGAGAAGUACAAAAUCCCCAACAGGGGACAGGACAAGUAGGAGAGCCUUCAGCUGUGCUCUGAUGAUUAACUUCAAUCUCCCACUGAGAACAUGGUAUUAAUGUCAUUUUCAAAUAUUUGACAUAUUUUCUGACAUAUUUAAACACACUGAAGUCUCCAGGUUUCCCUCAGAUGUGAUGCUGAGGAGCUCAGGACUCAGGAGUGCGUGAGUGAUCUGGGACAAUUGAAUUUUGUCCGAGAGAUGUUAAUUCCCAAGCAGGCUAAAAUGUAGAUUAGCCUGAGUUGGUCUCUUUUAAAAGAACCAUUUAUAGCUUGAUUGAACUGUCAGAAAAAUAUUCUUAGGUUGUUAUCACUGUUUGUCCAAAGGAGCCAAAAAAGGGAUGCUCUCAAACUGCCUCUAAUGAGCUCACAGGAAAAUGUUAUUUAUUGUUCUCGGCCUCGUUUCUGCCUUUGUGUUGCUCAGCGUUCAGCGCUUGGAGACAACAAAUGACAACACAAAUGUUUUAUCAAGUUGAGAACUAUAUUUCUUAUGCCAAUAGUGUUGGGGUGGUGCUAGAAAGUUUUAUUAUUGCUAUUUUUUUAGAUAAAACAAGCAAAUAUUACCUAAUUUUUUGCUGCGUUUCCUGCCUGCAUCCGGGUCUUUUGAGCUUCUUUUUCUGGGUUAUGUGGUGGGAGCGUGUCCUGCUACUCCGCCUAUUUAUAUUCCCACUUCUUGAAUUUUGGUACAUUUGGGGCAGUGGACAGCUCCUCCUCCUUAUUGCUCUGUGCGUUGACUUGGUUAUUGUACAAAUGCUCAGAUAGAGGCCCAGCAUCAGGCAACUCAUCGAAAACUUAGCUAGUUGGAAACUCUAAAAAUGACUAAUGUUACAACAUGAAACUGCGCUGACUAGUUAAUGAAAGGGACGGUUCAGACUAAUAAUAAUAGGUAAAAGGUCAAAGUUCACUGGUUAUUUUAACAUACAAAGCCAUUACAUACCUUUUGCCUCUUAUUUUGUAGAUGCUAGAGAUAGCCUUAUCUGUUCCCUGAAGGGAUGUUGGCAAGAAAUGACCACAAGACAAACUUUUCUUAUCAAUGAAUACUUCCUGCUUGUUUUGUAAUUUUCGGUUUAGGUUUUGGCGUACAGUCUGCACACACUGUAUUUCACAAAGAAGAGUUCAGCGUCUGUGUUUCUCACUGACACAACUAUUAAAGGCCUCUCAUCCAAUAUUCCCUGUUUGAGUGGUGAAUUCAUGAACUCAGGCAGAGGCCUGGACAUUUAACUGUUGCCUUUGAAUGAGCAACCACACAGGUGAGUCAGUAUUGUUGAAUUUAGACAAUGAUUCAUCUGGCUUGCUUCAGCAUUUUGUCUUUCUCAAAAUGAAUUUGCACUUUCAAAUUUUCAAGUGUUUCUGCACUUCAGAUUCAGAGUUUGAUGCUUCCAGGUCCAGCGUUGCCGUUUUCCUCCUGUCUUCUUCUCGCCUGCACCCACUGUGUCAAGACGUCCGCAGGAGAUAACAUAUCCCCGCAUAGCAUACAGACACCCUCACCCUCAUGUGGCGUGUGAGUCCCCUGUCAUAACCCAAACACACUAUAAUGACUGAGAUUCUGGUGUCAGCAUGCCUCGACACUCACUGACACACUGAUGGAAGACAAGGAUGCCACAGCACGUCCUGCAGGGACACAACUGUGGGCUCAGAAUUGACUCAGUUUGAUUUUAAUGCACUGAGCUGUAGAGGAAAAGUAUCUGACAUGUUUGACCUAAGCUUUAUUAAACCAGAUGAUACAUGA